AUGUCCGUCGUCGUCAACGCAGCGAUCGCGCUGCUGUCGAAAGUCGCGCCAUGGCUCGAAGACCUGGGCAACGUCCGCGACCUGAUGGAAGCUAUCUGCCAAACCUACCCCGUGGAUCCAACCAAGCCGCCCGUUCCGCUUCACGAAUUCGAUGAGGGCCCUGCGGGCAGCCACACUGGCGUGCUCAAGGUGGCGCCCCUGACCAUCCUGCAGCAUGUGUGCGGCGGCGACGCUGCGCGCUUCGGCCUGACGUGCGAGCCCAACGGCGCCGGCAAGGCCAUCAAGAAGCUGCCGAUGGGGGAUCGAGUGGAUGUCUUCUUGCACCUGCAAGUGCCCAACGACUGGACGGCGCAGCCGGAGGCCGUGCAGGCAGCGUUGCUGGCGGCCACGGCCUCUGAGAGCGAGAUUCAAGCGCAGGCAAAGGAGACGCCUGUGAAACGCCGGGGCAGCAGCUAUGGGGCUGAGAAGCAGUUUCCGACAGGGCCGGAGGGUGGGCGGCGUCCGGCAAACAAGCUUCAAAUUGAGCAGCAGCAGCAGCAGCAGCAGCCGCAGCAGCAGCAGCAGCAGCAGCAGCAGCAGCAGCGGCAGCAGCAGCGGCAGCAGCAGCAGCAGCAGCAGCAGCAGCGGCAGCAGCAGCAGCAGCAGCAGCAGCAGCAGCAGCAGCAACAUGAAGGAGCCAUGGAGCAGUGCCUGGCACUGGGCGGCAUCAAGCUCUCGCCGGCCACCAAAGGGGCUAUGAUCAUGUGUCCCGGGCGCGGCAGGUUUGGCGGCAUCCUUACCCGCGCGCACUAUGACGACGUCGACGCGCUGAUCGCCGCCGCGGGUGCUGCGGCUGCGGUCAAGGACGGCGGCCAGAGCCGCGUGUAUUUCCCGCCAGGUGUCAGGCCGCGCGGCACCGGGAACGGGGUGCCCAUGGCGCGCAGGCAGCUGCUUGAUCAUGCCGUUGAGGAAGCAGCGCAGGAUGUCUGGCUGCUGCUGAACAUGCCAGUGCAUCCGAUGUUUGAGCAGCUGCUGGCUGUGUGCCCCGAGCGCGGCGCCUUCAUCUACCGCCGCGACCCCGGCGUCACUCUGGCCGAGCUGCUAAGCGCCUCGCAGCAGCCGCCGCUGCUGGAGGCGGGCGCGGGCGAGCCGGAGCGGGCGGCGUGGGCGGCGGAAGCUGUGAGGGCCGCCAAGGUGGUGCCAUGGCGCGCGCGGCUGCAUAUUGCAGGGAUGCUAGCGAAGGCGGUUGAGAUGCUGCACAGCCGUGGCAUCGUGCACCUCGACCUUGCACCUGAGAACAUCAUGGUAGACCUGGCUGCUGGCGGCGCUGUCCACGGCAUCACAAUCAUCAACUUUGGGGCCUCGCGCGACGCGGCGGGCGUGCCGCAGUGCGUGCCGGACCCCAACAUCUCCUGCACAAAGCGCAUAUUUGGCAAACGUGGCUACGUGUGCCCAGAGUUUCAGGAGGACGGCUGGCUUUCUCCCUCUAUUGACGUCCAUGCAUUUGGAGUGGUCUUGCUGCAGCUGCUCACCAACAAGCCCGCCAUGAUGACGCACGCCGCGGCCGCGGCCAUGGUGGCCGAGGUUGCGGCCGCGGAGGCAGCUGCCGCGGCGGUGCCGGGGGCCUCAGGCAGCGGGCAGCCGUUUGGCGCGGCGCAGGGGGACGACGGCGGUGACAGGGAGCCGCGGGAAAGGUCAUUCCUAAAGGGCGCCUUCAUGUCGGUGAACGUGGGAUCUGAGGGGGCGGGCGGCGACUCUGAUGGGGACUGUGGGAGCGGCAGCAAAAGCACAGCCAUGCUGGGGUCUGCGGAGCCUUCUGAUGACUCUGAUGACUCUGAUGACUCUGAUGAGUCUGCCUACUGGGAGGGCGCCGUCAAGUGUGUGGGCAAGCGGGCGCAGAGGGUGGCGAUGUCGCUGGUGCGGAAGGACCUGCUUCGAGCUGCCCGGAUGGCUAACUCGGCCUGA